UGUCUCAUCAGUGGCAUGUGGCUUCUCUCCAGAAGAUACCCAAUUCCUGCAGUCCACAGGGGAACAGCCUACAGCAUGAGCAGGCCUGGUUUAGACAUCCAUCAGUCUAGAUGCUACUCCUCUGGAAGAAGAAAGGGGUUUAUAUCAGGUUUUGUGGAGAAUAUCAAACAGGAAUUAGCCAAAAACAAGGAGAUGAAAGAAAGUAUUAAAAAAUUCCGUGAUGAAGCUAAAAAGCUGGAAGAAUCUGAUGCCCUUCGAGAAGCCAGGAGGAAAUAUAAAACCAUUGAAUCUGAAACAGUGAAGACCUCUGAAGUGAUUAAAAAGAAACUUGAAGAAAUAACUGGGACAGUUAAAGAGAGUUUGGAUGAAGUAAGUAAGAGUGAUAUUGGCCGAAAGAUAAAGGAAGGUGUGGAAGAAGCAGCAAAAACAGCAAAGCAGUCUGCUGAGUCAGUGACAAAAGGAGGAGAGAAAUUAGGCAAGACAGCAGCCUUCAAAGCUAUUUCUCAGGGAGUAGAAACUGUUAAGAAAGAAAUAGAUGAAAGUGUUUUAGGACAGACUGGUCCUUACAAACGUCCAGAGCGACUACGGAAAAGAACAGAAUUCUCAGGCGAGAAGAUUAAAGAGGAGAGAAUAUUUGAAGCUAAUGAGGAGGCCAUGGGUGUGGUGCUACAUAAAGACUCAAAAUGGUAUCAGCAGUGGAAAGAUUUCAAGGACAACAAUGUGGUCUUCAAUAGGUUCUUUGAAAUGAAAAUGAAGUAUGAUGAAAGUGAUAAUGCAUUCAUUCGAGCUUCCAGAGCUGUUACAGACAAAGUCACUGACUUAAUAGGUGGAUUGUUCUCGAAGACAGAAAUGUCUGAAGUUUUGACAGAGAUACUCAAAGUGGAUCCAUCGUUCGACAAAGAUCGGUUUUUAAAGCAAUGCGAACGUGAUAUAAUCCCCAAUGUCUUGGAGGCUAUGAUGUCUGGAGAGCUUGAUAUCCUCAAAGAUUGGUGCUAUGAAGCAACUUACAGUCAACUGGCUCAUCCAAUCCAGCAAGCCAAAGCCAUGGGUCUCCAGUUCCACUCCCGGAUUCUUGACAUUGACAACAUUGAUGUGAGUCUAUAUUUCU